GCCGAAGACGGUCGGUAUCGGUGUUUUUUUCUGUUUAUAUGUAUGCAAGGGGGAAGCUUAUGGAUUCGAAAAUUGAAUCCAUGAACGAGACCUCCAUUGAGGGCGUCUGACCGAGUCGACGUCGUGCAAGUUGUAGUCUUGAACUACACAACGCCAUUGAAAUAAUUCUCAUACACACAUAAACACCUACAACAACAACAACAAGCAAUACAUUCAAAGCCAAAAAACUCAAAGCUGGACUGUUUUUUUUUGUUAAUGUUUUGGACUUUUUUUUUUGUUAAGCUAAAUAAAAAAGUGUAAAAGUGUGUAUAUGUAUAUAAAGAUGUGUUUUUUCAAAAGCAAUCAAGCUAAAUUAAAAAUGGCAACAAAUAGAAAGUAUAUACACAUUAGUUUUCUAUGUACAAGUAAAUGGGAAAUGGGAGAAAAUCUAUGUACUCUUUAAAAAAAAAUUAAUUCUAAACUAUUCGAACAGUUGGGGUAUAUCGUGUAUACCAUAAUGAACGGUAUUAGAGCUUAGAUUUUGUCGGCGGUUUUUUUUUGCGAAGGUAUAGAAAAUGCGGAAGGGGUUGAGCAAGGAUAUGUGUGAUGAUGGCAGGCAGGUGGCGGAUAUAAUAUAUACCACCAUAACCUUGGCUUAAUAAUAUUUUACAAAAUGAAUGCUGUCCUACAGUUUGUCAUUUCAUAAAUCAACAAAAAAUAAACAGGACACUCAUGUAAAUGCUCUUCUACUACAAAAACACAAUCCAACCAACCAACCAACCAACAGCGAUAGAUUAAUCAAAAAAAAAAAUAAUUUAGUUUAAUUACAAAAAAAAAAAAAUAAAAAUAAAUAUGAAUAAUAUCAUGGACACCAACACAUCAGCUCAACAACAACAACAACCAACAACAACAAUAUGCCCGCCUAGCAAUAGCCGAAGUCCUUCGCCAGACGGUUCACAGGAUUACGAUGUGACACGCAUGAAAGAGGAGGAUUUCGAGCGAUUGGCUGUUUAUAUUGUGCCUGAUGGACAAUGUGAACGUGGUGUACCAAAUAGGGCGGACAAAACUCUGCCAAGGAGUUUGACAUUAAGGCCAUCGAUGGUGUUAUCAACGCCAAAUGUUAAGACUGAAGGAGUAUGGAGCACCGGUGUUAUACCGCGUGGUACAAGAUUUGGACCAUUUGAUGGCGUUCCAACUCCAAACUAUCCCAACGAUAAAAAUGCCGCAAGAUAUUUCUGGCGGGUGCAGGGACAGUGUCAUGUUACCUAUGGAAACAUCAAGAUCUUCAAAGAUGAUGAUUUCUACUAUUUAGAUGGUUCAGAUCGAUCACAAUCGAACUGGAUGCGUUAUGUUGCUUCUGCAUACAGCCUAUCAGUGAUGAAUUUGGUAGCGUGUCAGCAUCAGGAUAAUAUAUAUUUCUAUACCAUUCGUGAUAUUAUGCCCAAUGAGGAGCUUAUGGUGUGGUAUUGUAAGGAUUUUGCCAAACGAUUGGGCUAUGAUGUUGAUCCUGAGCGAGUGACCUAUAGCAUUUGCCAGAGCAAGGAGGACGAAUCACAAGAGUCAACCGCCUUAGCGCCGACAAAAAAGACUUACACUUGCAUGCAAGCUCCAGAAAUCCCGCCAGAGGUCGCUUACAAUCACAUUACUUAUGUUAUGGGUUUACACAUUCCGCCGAGACGAGGCUCCCUCACGCCAAGUCCAUCACCACCGAUCACCACAACCACUUCACACCAUCAUCAACAACAACAACAACAUCAUCUACAACAACAACAACCCCAUCUUCGUCACACUAACAGCCAUCAAAGUGUGUUGCAUUUAAAACCCGAGCCAUCAGAUCAAAACCGUAUCCAAGUGAUCGUGCGUGAUCGUUCGCCAUCGGUGAGUGAUUGUGGAAGUGCUGGCAAGGACAUCAAAGAAGUCCAAUCGCCAAUCUCUCACAAAAGUGAAGCCCCCUACGAACAUCAACUCCUAAUCCCCAAUGACGGAUCAGUACGAUCAGUCCGAUCAGAUGAAGGCUAUCACAGCAAUGAAUACCACGAAGAUGGUCUAACACCGCCUGAAGAUUCUAGCGACAGCGAGGAGAGCGAACACAAUUACGUGUUGGAUUGCUCGAAGAAAGCCAUCGAACCCAAAGAGACUGUAAUCACACAAAAACUCAACGAUUGUGAUAAGAACGAGUACCGCAAGUUCAAAGUGAAGUUGCCCCUUAAGUAUGAGUUCAAAAAUAACAAAUGCAUUAAGACUGAAUUUGAUAAGGACAGCACUGUGACUGGGGUGACCACGACGACAAUGAUGUCAUCCACAACGCCAGAUGAAGAAAUGGUCUUAACCACUCUUCAAACAGCCCCAAUGGAUGAUGAAGAGCUUGUGAAGAGGGUAUCCGCUUCGACGACGACAACAACAACACCGGCCACAAGUACAGUGAUUGUGCUGGAAGGCAGCCAAGAGCCGCACACUAUUGUUCCUCUAAAUAAGCCUUAUUAUGAGGCUGAAACUUCAUCGCCGCCACCACAGGCUUAUAUGCGAUUUACCCCACCAAGCUCGAGUAUUCUAGAGAAUAUUCUAACUGGCAAUCGAAAUGCAGCAACAAGUUGCAGCAGCAUUGAUCAAUCGUCACGUCGUCAACCAAAUGCUACACCACCGCCCACUUCACCGACUGAGAUGGCGUACUCGUAUAAAAAGUCCCAUCGUUAUGGCAAUGCUGUGAGUCCAGAUUCCAGCUCAAAUCUAGCACAACCACUUAGCACACAGCAUGUCCAUGAUACAGAUAUUGUGAUGUCGACAUCAUCGUCGAGAACUGUUCUCAAGAGCGAAAGCCCCCAACCGCCAAAUAUCGUGUAUUCCACGACUCAAUCGUAUCAAGAUGGCCACCAAACACCACCCUAUACCACUUAUUCCACUUACUCCAGUUCGAAUGGAGCGAAUGUUAUAUCGCAUGCUCCGACGUCGACUUAUUCGCCGCCACAUAGCAAUAGUCCGUUUGAUAGGAGUUUGCAUGGAAGUUCCACACCAAAUUUGCAUCUUUUACAAAAUAGCACUCAGAUGUUGAAUCAUCCUCAUAUGCAACCACUUGCGCCACUUCAAAGACUGUCUCCCCUACGCAUAUCGCCACCAAGUAGCUUAAGUCCCGACGGAAAUUCCUGUCCUCGUAGUGGCAGUCCUCUUAGCCCGAAUUCGUUAGGAUCCCGGGGCUAUCGGUCUUUACCGUAUCCACUCAAGAAAAAAGACGGUAAAAUGCAUUACGAGUGUAAUGUUUGUUGCAAAACUUUUGGCCAACUGUCAAACCUUAAAGUCCAUCUUCGCACACAUUCGGGAGAACGACCAUUCAAGUGUAAUGUCUGUACAAAGUCAUUCACUCAAUUGGCACACCUGCAAAAGCACCAUCUAGUGCAUACGGGUGAGAAACCACAUCAGUGUGACAUUUGCAAGAAACGCUUUUCGUCAACAUCGAAUUUGAAGACACAUUUGAGACUGCACAGUGGACAGAAGCCGUAUGCUUGUGAUUUGUGUCCACAGAAAUUUACCCAGUUUGUGCAUUUAAAGUUGCAUAAGCGUUUGCAUACGAACGAUAGACCGUAUGUGUGUCAGGGAUGUGAUAAGAAGUAUAUUAGUGCAUCGGGCUUACGGACGCAUUGGAAAACGACAAGUUGUAAGCCGAAUAAUUUGGAGGAAGAGCUUGCAAUGGCGGCAGCAGCGACUUCAGAGUGUUUAGGACCAAGUGAUAAAGACCUCCCAGAGCCAGACUCCCGAGAGGCCUACGAACUCCAGCAACAAAUCCAUGCCCACACUCAUCCACACUUAAGGCAUAUUGGGCAUCAUUCACCGCCACGACUGAUCACAAUUCACGCACAAUCACCAUCAAACAAUCACCACCAACAGUUGCAUCAUCAAAUUUCAGCACCUUCUUCACAACAACAAACCCAACAUCAAUCCCUCCAUCACCAGCAACAUUCCCAGCAACACAAUCAGCAACUUCUUACAAUUCAGCAGCAACAAAACCAGCAACAACAGCAGGUGCAACAAGUUGUGAUGCUAACCAAUCCUAAUGGUCAUCAACAAUCUGCAUCACAACAACAGCAACAUCAGAUUUUACCUCCUGCAACAAUGUUGCUAGCAACAACAUCUCAAUUACAGCAACACAAUCAUCCACAUCAUCAGCAUCAUCAACAUCAUAUACACCUGCAACAUCAUCAACAACAACAUCAACAACAGUCUCAUCAACAACAACAACACCAGCAACAUCAAGCCAUAAAGGCGUCCAUGCAAAAGGGUCCAAAUAAUAUCAUGACACAUGUCGUACAAAAUAAUAGCAACAACAACAAUACCACAACGAAUCCCAGUGACCAAUAUGUGGUAACAAGCCACCACCAACACUCGCAUCCGCACUCACAGUCGCAAGAAUCUCGACCAACAGUGAUUGAAUCUAAUCAACCAAUGAUUAUUGAGUGUACAUAAACUAAAUGUUUAUAAACAAAAAUAUGAUGCGAAGCAUUUUGAAUGUUUCUAUAUGCAAAAAUCAAAAAAAGUGAUGUGAAGCAAAAAAAAAAAAAAAAAUAGGGUUUGAUUAAAUAAAAGAAAAAAGAAAAAUAUAUAUCCAAUAAGUUUAAAAAUAAGUUGUAAAUAAAAACAAAAAUAGAAUUAAACAAAAUACAUUCAUAAAUUUAUAAAUAAAUAAUUGACAUGUGUAUGAGCAAGAAGAGAAAAAUCAAUUGAGUUUUUUUUCUCUUUUUAUUUUAAAUUGAGAUUAAUUGAGUGAAAGUGUAGCACAAAUUAUUAAAAAAAAUAUAUAUAUAUAAAAAAAAAAACCCUUGAUCUUAUAAUCAAAAUUUCGAUCUCAUCAAAAAAUGAUAAUUGGCAACCCUUAUUAUUUUUAAUUUAUCCUCAUUUUUUCCUCCAAAAAUUAAAAAAAUCCUUGUGUUCACUUUUAUUCUUACAUAAAAAAAAUAUUAACGAAAAAUGCAAAGUAUUAUCUAAAUCUAUCAACAUUUUAGCAAAAUGUACCUUAAACAUAAAAAAAAUUCAAAGUCCCAAUAAUUAAGACGAAAAAGUUGCCUUAUUUUGUUCACAUUUAUUACCUACUUUUUUUUCCAAAAAAAAAACAUGAAAUUAUUUAACAACAAAAAAAAAAACAUUUAUUGAUAUCCCCUUGUAAAUAAAUAUUUUUUUGUUUUUUGUUUAAAAUUGAUUUUUUAAUUUAAUUUUUAAUCAAAAACUUAUAUAAAAAAUCUAUAAACGAAAAACAAAAAAUAAAAAAACUUUUCAAGAAUUUAUAUUGACUUGUAAUAUUCCUAUUAAAUGAUAUCUCUAAAACAAAAAGCUAUAUUUAUUAAUUUAAAAUAAAAAAAAAAACACAUAUAUAAAUGCAAUUGUACAUAAAAAAAAAUAAUUAAUUAUAUUAGGCUUACAAUAUUAAAUAUUUAAAUACAAAACAAAAACUUAGCUGAAGAUCGGUGCUUUUGACCUGUUUCUAUUUGUACGAUGUAUUAGUAAACAUUAAAUUUAUGCGUUUUUAUUUUUCUCAAAAUAUUUCAACAAAAAACAAAAAAAUUUAAAGUAUAAAAAAAACUGCAGUAAACUUUUUCUUUUUCUCCAAAAAAAAAAAAAAACGAAAUAGUAAAAUAAAAUAAACUAAAAAUAGUAACCAUGCAUGUGAAUUGAUACAGCAAUAUCUCCACAAAAAAAUAUAAAAACAAUUUUCAACAAUAAUCAAUACCAAACGAAAAUAAAAUAAAUACAACAACAAAAACAAAAAUAAUAAUCAUUAUACAACAAAAAAAAAAACAACUUAAAACAAAAAAAUUUAUUGUUAACGUACAGUGGCCAAAUAAAGCAGG